AUGAACGGGCCGCUCUAUAAACAAGCGAACAGCAACGUCGUCCUCGUCCGCCGCGUCAAGAGGAAGAACGAAGGCCCCAUGAAGCAGCUCACCCGCUGGUUUGUCAACAACCAGAUUGGCUUCUCCUUCAACCUCCUCGCCCUCCUCUUCCUUGCCCACGGCAUGCCCCGCGCGCGGGACUACACGGCCAAAUACUUCAACCUCUCAUACUACAACCCGGGCACCGGGAACUACGGGCUGGGCUGGGCGGAUGGCCAUGUCGUCUUGUUCUGCAUCGUCCUCCUUACCGGCUUGCGCGCCGCGACCAUGGAGUACAUUCUCGCGCCGUUCGCCAAAUCCCAGGGCAUCUCCAAGAGGAAAGACAUUACUCGGUUUAGCGAACAGGCGUGGAUGUCGGUCUACUACGCAUUCUUCUGGCCCCUCGGUUUGUACAUCUACUGCCAGUCGCCCGCCUACUUCAACCUGCGAGAGCUGUGGACGGGUUGGCCCGACCGCGAGUUGACCGGGCUCAUGAAAGGCUACAUGCUCGCGCAGCUGGGCUUUUGGCUGCAACAGAUGAUCGUCAUCAACAUCGAGGAGCGCAGGAAGGACCACUGGCAGAUGUUUACCCACCACAUCGUCACUAGCAUCCUCAUCUACACCUCGUACCGGUACGGCCACACGCGCGUUGGCAACCUCAUUUUGGUCCUGAUGGAUGUGUCCGACUUGGCCCUAGGGCUUGCCAAGUGCCUCAAAUACCUCGGCUACCACACCAUCUGCGACGUCAUGUUCGGCGUCUUCAUGGUCUCGUGGCUGGCGGCGCGCCACUUCCUGUACCUGGCCGUGUGCUACUCGGUGUGGGCGCACACGCCCAACAUCAUGCCGACGGGCUGCUUCAAGGGAUCACGCGACAACCUCGUGGGACCGUUCGACCCCCCCAAGGACCAGGGCUUCACCUACCUGCUGGAGCCGCUCUGGGACUCGGAGGGCACCUUCUGCUACAACGAGACGGUCAAGUGGUCGUUCCUGUCGAUGCUGCUGUUCCUGCAGUGCCUGACCAUCAUGUGGUUCUUCCUGAUCGUGCGCGUCGCCGUCAAGGUCAUCAAGGGCGCGCCCGCCGAGGACGUGCGCAGCGACGACGAGGGCGAGGUCGAGGGCGAGGGCGAGGUCGAGGACGAGGACGAGUUCGUCUACGAGGAGGCCCAGCCCCUCGAGGAGGAGGUCGGCGUCGACGAGAUCGACCUCAAGAGCUGGGAGCGCCGGUCCGGCGUCAAGCGCCAGGCCCCCACCACCUCGGGCGUCAGCCUGCCCGGGCACAGCGACCGCAAGGAGCUCCUCGGUCGCAUCGGGUGUGACAAGCAGGUCGAGUGA